AUGUCUACAGGCGUAGCAGCAAAUUCUGAGCGCAUGAUGAAAAAGGAGAGACGUUUAACAAGGGGGAUCGCUGCUUGUUUCCUAGCGUUGGUGAUAUUUCUCUCUGCCACUCUCACAACUAUAAGAGAUCAGACAAGGUCCUAUUCCAAUAUUAUUGGUCUAGUAAGCUGGAAACUGAACUAUAGUCUUGCACUUUCAUCAUCACUGCAAGUUACAAGACCCAAAAGAUCAAUCACAUGUGACUGCUCGCACAAAAGCUAUGAUCUAUGUUCAAUCAACGGCCCGACUGCCUUGGAUCCGGUUGCUUCAACGUUAUCCUUGAUAGACCCCACUAACUCUACCCCGCCAAACUUCAUUGUGAAAACCCAUCCUUACCCCCGCAAGCUAGAUGCAGCGGCAGCGUCCAGGGUCAAAGAACUGAUUCUCACCUCAUCUCCGCCAAAAUUUCCCUGUGGAGUCGCCCACAAGAGCCCAGCCUUGGUAUUCAGUACGGGCGGGUACACUGGAAACUUUUUCCAUGAAUUCAGUGACGGUUUCAUUCCCCUCUACAUUACCAUAAAUUCUUUCUUCCCUGAUCAAGAUGUGAUCCUGGUGAUCACAAAUUGGAAAAGUUGGUGGGCCAGAAAGUACGCUGAUCUACUCCCUCACUUCACCCGCCACCCCAUCAUCAACAUGGACAAUCAGAUCACCACCACUCAUUGCUUCCCAUCAGCGACCGUAGGGCUCGUAAAGCACGGCCACAUGGCAGUGGACCCCACAUCGCUACCCCACCCAAAAACACUCCUUGAUUUCCAGCAACUCCUCAAAAAGGCCUACUACAAUCAAGGUGAUGACGACCAUGUCCUGAUGUCCAAUAAAUCAACUGCCAGUGCCAGACCACAACUUGUUUUGGCAAACAGGAAAGGGAAUGUUGGUCGAGUGAUAUGGAAUCUGAAAGAAGUUAUAAUGGCAAUUAAGAAGGUUGGAUUUAAUGUAAUUGUGUUUGAACCAAAAGCAGACACUCCUUUGGUCAACUCAUUUAGGCUAAUUCAUGAAAGCCAUGCAUUGGUGGCAGUACAUGGUGCUGCAAUCACACAUCUUUUGUUUCAAAGGCCAGGAGCUGUGUUGGCUGGGAUUUUGGGGUUGAAUUAUAUGAAAUAUGAGAUUGGAGUUGAAGAGAGUAGCUUGGCAGACAAGCUGUAUGGGACUAAUGAUUUGGUGCUAAAGGACCCAGAGGCUUUUGUUGGGAAGAAUUGGACUAAGGCUAGGGUAUACCUGAAGACGCAAAAUGUGAAGCUUGAUAUUGUCAGGUUUCGGGGAUUCUUAAAGAAGGCUUUCAAGAAAGCUAAAAGAUUCAUGGCCAAGGAAGGCUAG